AUGAAGUCGAUGAACGAUGAGGACGCUGUCGAUUUCACCAAAAUCGACGGAAAUGACGAGCAGAGGCUUUUUAAGUAAUAAUUUGGUUUUUCAAAAAAAUUGAACGUUAGAUUCGAGGGGGGAGUUAUGACAGUCGUAAUUAAUCGGUUUUGAAAAAAGAGUGCUUAAAAUUUCUGAAAAAAAGACCAAAAUUCACUGAUGAAUCGUUACACCCUUUCUCGGAAGUCUCUAUUCCAGUUUUUCUAUCAAUAAUAGACUUUUUCGACUAAAGGUCGCAUUUGGAAUGACUCAACGCGUUGCGGUCCAAGUUGUGAAUUCAGGACCUACAGUAUGUCCAAUUUGAUCGUUUCAAUUGCCGACCCUGGUUCGAGCCAUUCCAAAUGCGACUCUGGUCGCGAUUGUAAAACGGUUGCGAAGAAUUGAGCCAUUCCAAUUGCGACCAUAAACGAAGUUAGGGUGAGUUAAAGACCUGCAAGUCUUGAUCAAAAAAUCUCCUGUUGUUUUUGUUUUUUUGCGUAUAUUCUGUUCAUACUUUGAAUGUCAAGCAGAAACCCGCCCCCAAGAACGCGCUGUGGAUAGCUCGCUCUUUAUUUCUUUCUUUAUUGUCAGAACAACGCAAAUAAUUAAGAUACAGAUAGAAAGGAAAUAAUAUAACAUUGGACAGACAACAAAGCUAAGAAGGUCAUAUGGUGCCCUAACGAGCAGCAUGGCGACCGUUCGCAAAAGAGAAGAACAAAAAUGAUAAACUAUAAAAGACGAUUGGGGAUGUUGAUAAUAAGUUCGCUAACAGCUAUCCUAGAUAAUUUAUCUUUUAAAGUUUUGGGGUGGCACGAAAAAUUGAAUUUGGUUGUUAAUAUGUUCCAAAGCGGUAUUUGACGCCAAAAGAAGUUAUCUGAUAAUGAACCCCUAGUUUGUAACCGAAGUGGAUGUCUACCUAGCCGAGAGAAGGAAAUAAAGUUGUCAAUUGAUGGAAAAUGAUCAAUUUUUAAAACAAUUUUAUGGAGAGAGAAAAUAUCAAGAAGAAGACGACGUUGAAAAAGCGGAAGAACAUUGACUUGAGUUAAUCUGUCUUGGUAUGAAGUGAAGCUAAGAUUGCAUCUAAUAAAAACUUCUCGAGAGAAGAAACGUAAGGAACUUUCUAGUUUAUAAGAUAGAUCAGAGUUUAGAGGAGGGUUGAAAACCUCAGAACAGUAUUCUAAAAUUGGACGAACAUAGCAAUUAUAAAGUUUAAAAUAUAGGGACGGUGAGAGAAAACGAAAAGAAUUUAACAGUUGUUUGGAUCUCAGAAGGGCUAAAGCGGAGACUUUAUGAAUAUGAUUAGAAAAAGACAAUUUUUCAUCGAUAAUUACACCAAGAUCCUUAGUAGAUUGAGUCGCAGGAAUGAUGUUAGAGCCGAAAAAGUAGACAUUUUUGGGGUUUCUAGGACCAAGAUAAAGAGCAUAUGACUUUUCAGGAGCGAUGGGAAGCCCCCAAAGAGAGGACCAUUCAAUAAUUUCGUCAAUAGCUUGUUGAUUAUGGGACGGAGAACAACCAAAAAUUUUGAUAUCAUCGGCGAACAGUACAGCUUUAACAUUGGAAUUCAAAUGAUGAAAAAUAUCGUUUAUAAAAAUAAGGAAGAGGAGAGGGCCAGAAACAGUUCCUUGAAGGACUCCACUUGGUAUAGGAAAAGAAGAAGUAGACAAUGAGUCAUUAACUUUGACAAAUGAUUCGCGACCCGUAAUAAAAGAUUUAUACCAGUUGCAAAGCGUUUGAUCAAACCCGAAAUUUUUUAGUUUAAGCAAAAGGAGGUCGUGAGAGACUUGAUCAAAUGCUUUUUGAAAAUCGAAGUAGAUGACGUCAACGGAUUUUUUAAGGGCAAUAUCGGCUUUCCAAGAAGAAAGGCAUUCGAUAAGAGAUAGUUUACAAGAUCUUUUAUUCAUGAAGCCAAAUUGAAAGUUAGAUAUCUUAUGACCAAAUUUAGAGCGAACAAACUCAGCUACAAUUUUUUUUCCAUGAGUCGAGAAAUCGAGUGUGUCAAAGUGAUAGGACGGUAGUUGGAAGGGUCACUCAAUUUAUUUCGUUUAUGAACUGGAAUAAUAUACGAAGUUUUCCAGGAAGAAGGGACGACUCCAGAAUAAUAAGAUUCUUGAAAGAUAAUCGAGAGUGGUAGUGAUAUCGAAUGAGCACAACGUUUGAGAACCAGCUGAUUGAUGUUAUCAUUAGAAAAACCAACUUUUGAUGGGAGUCUAGAUAAAUAACCGAAGACAAUUUCUUGGGAAAACAAUAAAGAGCAGUUGGAAGAUCUAGGUGAAGGAAGAAUAAGAGGAGAAAUGACUGGAAUAUCAGAGAAAUUAGAUUUGAACGUAGUAACAAAAAUGUUAGCUUUUUCAGUGUCAUCGUUAUAAGAAGUGCCAUUAUAGAUGAUAGGAGGAAUAUCAACUCUAGUUCUAAGUCGAUUUGAAAUGUAUUUGGACAGAUUAGAGCCGUAUAAGUUAUUAACAACGGAAUUCUCCUUAUUUCUUAUGAAUUUAGCGACACGUUUGCGGGUUUUUUUAAAAGCAAUUACGAAAAAUCAAUGCGUUCCUGUGAUGAAAAACGAGCCGGAACGGAUAAGAUCAGAACGAUAACGUAGUAGAGAUUUAAGUUUCCUUUGCGGUUUAAAACGGAAAGAAGUUACCUGAGAACAAGGACAAAAUUGCUGAAUCAGUUCAUUGAAAACCCUAGAGAAGUGAGAGUAUUUAGAUUCAGGGGUGGAAAAAUAAGAAAGUUGAAGAGGCCAGUUGUAACAGGACAAAAGCGGCAUUGAGAGAAACAUAAUCACAACGUUUAAAAAUUCAAUUUAAUUUUUGCAGUGAAUUUUUGAGCGAUUUGAAUUAGGUAAUGAAAAAUACUAUGGAGUGGUGGUCAGAACCAAGUACAGGCAGGGUGAUUUUGAAAUCGAGAAUGGAGGACGGAUUAGAUGCAAACAAUAGAUCCAGAAUAUUGGAGGAAGUAGCAGCGAUUCUAGUUGGAUCAAGGCAAAAUUGAAGCAAAUUAUUCACCGUAGCAAAUUGUACAAUAGGUGAUGAGAAAAAGGAAGGCAAGUGAUUCCAAUCAAUUGAACUGUAGUUAAAAUCGCCAAUUAUGACGUUAUUUUUAGGUGAAAGGUAUGAACUUAUAUGUGAAAAAAGAUUAGUAGAAAAAUUUUUAGAGGUGUUAGGAGGCCUAUAAACUAGAAAAAUCCUAACUUUACUUUGUAAAAGACAAUCAAAGACAAGUAGAUCACAAAAAUGAGAAGAAUAGGAAGACGUAAUGUUGGUAUCCACUUCGGACACAUUAAAAUGUUUUUUGUAGAGAACUAACGUGCCACCACCUAUAUUAGAAAUGUUGUUAGAAAUUCUGUCGAACCGUAAAAGAUUGUAAUUAGGAUUAUUAAAUAGAUGAUCAGGAUAGCUGCUGUCGAGAAAAGUUUCUACAAGUAAACAAAAAUCAACGGAAUUAUUUUCAAGAAAGUCAAAAAGAAGCGUUAUUUUAGACAAAGAUCUAAUAGAACGUAUGUUGCAAUAGAAAAAUUUGACAAGCGACGAUUCGAAAGAGGGAAAGGACGCAGGGGCAAUAGAGGUAGCGUGCGAGCUAGAGCGCGCGUGAGGCGAGGAGACGCAGAGAGAUUGGCAUGGCUCCAAGGUUUUCGAAAAUUUUCGAAAAUAAGUAGGAAUUUCACACGAGGAAAUUUGCUCUACGCGCACGCUAUCUGUACAAUCAAACAUUAUUAGCGGGAGGCGAAGACAUCAAAUGAUCAGAAUCAAUGAUGCCUUCAGAAGAAGAGCGUGCAAAGUUAUUAACAAAAAAAGAGGAAGGAUUUUUUCGUUGAACAAUGGUAAGAUCGCGAACAUAGUAAAUAAAUUUGUUGGCUUGAACAUUCUUAUCAUACGCUUCUUUACGCACACGACGAAGAAUUUCAAGCUCUGGAAGAGUCAUAUCACGACGUACACGAGGAGAAGGAACAAUAUUGGAGUUGAGAUUAAGUUCGAUGACAGUUUUACGAUAACCAAAUAAAAACGCAUUACGGUGAUCAGUUGAAUCGAAUUUGAUUUUGACAGGACGAAUAGACUUAGGAUCUUUACACGGGUGGCGAUGGGUCGAAAUAGGCAUUGGAAUAUCGAGUUUACGGCAAACCUCAGCGACGUGAUCAGCGUCCAAUUUAUCUUGAGUUACUGAUUUAUUAUCAGGAUAACGUUCGAGAACGGCGAAGACGGAUUUCUCAAUGAACGAGCGGCUUAACGAGGCUUGAGCAACGGCAUUCCGGAGUUGAUCAACUGGCUGUUCUGCGACGGUAGAAGAAUUUUGAUGAGCCGAAUAAUUGACUUCAGAAACGGCGGCGCAAUUGCAAGAGUUCUUUGGAUAAGCAAGCUUUUGGAGAGCUUCAACUUGAAUCCGUAGAUCACUAACAAUUUGCCUAAGUAGGACAACUUCAUCGUUCAAGUUAGCGAUGGAAAGUUGAGGACGACCAGAAGGGGUAGAUAGAAUAGCAUUAGACGAUAGACUAGAAUCAGGCUCAUUAGCUACAUUCUCCUUGCUCUUAUUCUUAGACUUUCCCAUAAUGGUAAAGAAAGAAAGUGGGCGGGAGGAGAACGGUGGAAAGGCAACCGCUCACCAAGAGCGCAGGGAGAGGAAUCUUUGAUUGGUUUGAUCUAGGAAAGGGGCGGAGAUUGAGAGAUCUCUUGACAUUCAAAAUCUGAACAGAGAAGAGAAAUGAAGUCUUGUUAUAAACGAUUCACAGCUAGCUUGGGACGCAAAAAGGCCUGUCCGCAAUCUCCAUCAACCAGGCACUGUCUCUUCUCUUUUCGUGGCAGGACCCUUUUCAAGAUGGUUCAAGCCAGCCGUGAAUCAGCUAUAUAGUCUGUUUUUCGCGACUUGAAAGGGCGGGACUUCUCGGCGAUCAUCUCAUUUUGAAGCGCUUUUUCAUGUUUCUCUGACCUCGCCGGUGAGGGAACAGAGAGACGCAGACACUCAAAAACUGUCGAGACGCGGCGGAUGGACUAUAUCGAAAUUUUUCUGAAAAACUGACUUCAGACACAUGCUGAAAGGCUAUUCGAGUGCAGUCCGGCCCGUCUUCAAUGCCAGUCACCAAGUUACAGUGUUCAUUGGCCUAACCCUCACCCAUAUCUUCAACAUCGACGAGAGGAAUCAAGUAAUCAAUAGUCAACUAAAACCGCGACGCGACCGCGACGCAGGUCCUCGCCUUGAACGUCUGGGUCGAGCAAAGCUGGACCGACGAACGGAUCACCUGGCGACCUGCCGAUUUUGGCAACAUUUCGAAACUUACCAUGGCCAUGAGAUACCUCUGGACCCCCGAUAUUGUUCUUUAUAAUAAGUUUUUAUAUUCAAAAGAAAAUCUUCAAAACGAAUAAUUUAGUGCUCGCGAUUUCUCGAGAGGCUUCGUGGAUACCAAUCUUCAUGUCAGUUCCGAUGGAUUGGGUGCAUUUUUAUCAGCCGAUAAAAAAUUGGAGAAUUCAAAUGUUUCUUGCUAUUGUUUCCAACACGGAAAAAGCUCAACUGACCUCAAAAAAAAUGGUUUAGAGCCGUAUUUUGAGUUUCUGUAAAGGUGUGAAAUGUUUCUCGGAAUCUUCUCUUUCCCUUAUUUACGUUUCUUUUUUUAUUUUACUUUUUGAAGGUCCUUUAAAAAAGAUGCCUGUGAGAAAUUUUUGAGGCCUUUUUUCAAAAAGUUCUUUCUAGUUCCUUCUAGACUUUGCUUACGAAGUUUUAACAUUCAUAUUGAAAAAGUUUUGUCGUCGUUUUGAACCAUUUUUCGUCCGUGAGUAUUCGGAAUUUUUUUUCAGAAACUCCUAUUUAAAAAAAAAAACGAAUCUUUUUCAAAAAGUCGAUCGAUGGGUUUUCGAAAAACUUGAUCUAUUAAGGGAUAAGUGAUGGAAAUCACUGUUUUAUCUUCGAUUUUUUUACUUUUUGAAUUACUCUUUUAAAUUUUUGCUCUUUCUUUAAAAAAAUAUUUUAGCAUAUUUCGAAAAAAAUUUCGUUAUGAUUUUUCAAAAAAAUAUAAUUUUCCCAUCCAGGUUAUGUUUUUUAAUUAUUGAGAACGAUUUUCUUCGAUUUUUAUUCAAUUUUAUUUGUUUUCAUUAUAGUCUGUGUGCCACGACUUGGAAUUUCACUGAACGACAUUCCGCUGUUCCGCUGCGUGCGUUCGCGAAGCGUCUUUCGAAUCUAAGUCACGCUUUCAAUUGAUUGUUAUUGCUGUGGGAGCACAUGAAAAUAGAGUACCUUGAGGAAAGAAAAAAAUAAAUCAAAAGCGCGACCAAGGUUCGGAAAGGCGCCAGCGGCACAGCGGAAUGUCGUUUGGUGAAAUUCCAAGCCGUGGUACACAGACUAUAGAAAAAAUUACUUAUUAUUUUUUACUCAUUUGACAGUUUCUCAAAUUCCAGUCCAAUGGGCGCCGCCGCAGAAAAUCUACAGCCGCUGCCACAUGGACGUCUCCAAUUUCCCAUUCGAUCAUCAGUUCUGUUCACUCGUUUUCAGAUCUUGUAGCAUUAUAAAAUUGUAUCUGAAGGUUCCUGAAAUAUUUCCAGGGAUGUACGACCUUCCACAGUUGGAUCUCCGUAUUGUCCAGAGAUACGACGGGAAUUCGCCUUUCACCAAGGACAGUUUCACGGAAAAUGGCGAGUGGGAGAUCGUCGACAACCGCACUUUCAGAUAUAUUCACACUUCCGGCAGUACCGAGUGAGUUUCAGACAGAAAUAAGGAAUUUUUCCAAAGGCCUGUGGAAAGGACCUAAGUUGAAUGGUUCACGGCUAGCUUGGGAAGCAAAGAGGCGUGGCAUGUCUGCGCUCUCCACCAAACAGGCACUCUCUUUUUUCUAAUCGUGUCAGGACCAUUUUUUCGACGGCUAAAGUCUGAAUUAGCUCUAAUAGUAUAGUCUGUUCAGAUUUUCAAUGUCAAGUGCAAUGACGUCAUUCAAAAACACUCUGUGGAUGGCUCGCUCUCUGAUUGGUUCAUCGCGCCAUUAGGGGCGGAGCUUGAGCGACGAGUAAAGAAAAAAGGCGACGCUGAAAAAAGGGACUUUCCUGGAAAAUUUCAGAACAUCAAAUUUAUUUUCAUCAUUUUUACUAAAUUCCAUAAAAUUCAUAAAGCUUGGAAAAUUUUGAACAAGAAGGGUAUUUAAAAUGUUAAAAACAUAUUUCUAAUAAUUUUUGUCAUUUUUUUCGUCAUUUUGUUGCCUUUUUGAAGACUUUUUUACUCAUUUAAUGACUUCAAAAGGCGAAAGUCUGUUCAGUUUUUAAACUGCAAGUUGCCGUUCAAGCUCCGCCCCUAAUGGCGCGUUAAACCAAUCGGAGAGCGAGGCAUCCACAGAGCGUUUUUGAAUGACGUCAUUGUAAUUGAUAUUCUGAACAGACUACUUAGGAACUACAGAGUGAUCCACUUGGGAGUCCCCUCUAGAGACCACUUUACCAACCCCUAUAGUGGCCAUUUAAGCUUGCAAAAGUGCUCCCUAUAGAUAGGGACCGCAGACCAAUUUUCGAAAAUUUUUUUUCAGCAUUGAGCUUUGCAUGGUUUGAUAGCUGUUUCGAUUCGAAACUCAGAACCGUUUAGUUUUUCGGAAAAGAAUGAGGAUGAAAAAAGUUAUGACGAAAAAUGUGGCGCGCCGCGCACCAUUUUUUUAGUACUGAAAUUUUGGUGUUAUCCAUUUUAGACAUUUUUCUCGAUUUUUCUUUUAGAACAAGUUUUGAUACUGGUCUAUUAUGAUGUAAGAAAUCAUAAUAGAGCUCUAAAAUGAUGAAAAAUUAGCUAGUUUGCCGAAAAAAAGUCGGUAUUUUCCAGAAAAACAAAAAAACCUGACGCUUGCGGGUAUCGAACUCGCGACCUCAAAAUGAAAAAAAUCGCAGCGCACGCGCUGCGCCAAGUUGUUAGGUCUGGCGAGGGGAACUUCCAUCCGCCAUAGCCUUGAGCCGUUUGAAUAGCACAGAUUGCCUAUUUCAAAAAAAUAAAAAAAUUUGAAGUAAUUCAGCUAUUUUUUUAUCAGAAUAUGUUCGCAAAUCUUUACUCAAAUUUUUCCGUGGAAAUUCACUUCGAAAAAAACAGUUUUUUUCAGUGCUUUUUUUGCCUCGUUUAACGAUCACUGCAUUAAAACGGCCCCGUAAAUUUUUUUGGCAAAGACGAAUUUUUUUAUUUUAUUCUUUUUAAUUGAAAGAUUUUUUUACUAAUAAAUGUAUAUAAUCGUUUGAAAAAAACCUGCGUUCGACCGCUUUCUGUGUGAUAAACGCCGCUAAUUUUAUUCUCUAUUUUCAAGUGCAUUUUUUUGCGUAUUAAACAACUUUUUUUCCAGCACAUAUGCUGUGGAGAAAAAAAUUUAAGUAAGCCUAUGGUCUAACUUUUUGAAAAAAACAAAAAAACUCGAUUAUAUUCGCUUAUUAACGAUAUUUUUGAAUUAUGACUUUCGGCACUCCCUAAAAAUUUUUUUGGCAAAGACGAAUUUUUUUUAUUUUAUUGUUUCAAAAAUUACCGUUACUUGAAUCAAAAUCAUUAUAUAAAAAAAGAAAGAGUGCGUUCGACCUGAAAAACACAUGAAAAAAAGCAAAAAAAUGACAAAAUUUUUUAGUUCCAUUCACGUUUUUGUACGACAUUCCGCGAGAACGCAUCAAAAAAGCGUGAAAUAUUUUUUAAACGAAAGAGGAAGCUUUUCUGUACAUGUGUGUCAAAUUUUAUUCGCCAGUUCCACAUAUUUUACAACUACAACAAAAUGAAAGUUGAAAACCAAAAAAAAGCCACUUUUUCUAUCGCGAAAAGGGGCGUGGCUUUGCGGUCCCUACCUAUAGAGGACAUGCUAGUCGAUAAUUGUUACGAACUCUGAACGAAGAAGCAUUUCGCUGAGAAAAAUCGAAUAAGUAAGCAUUUUGAAGGAAAUUGAAAGAUCCCUAUAGGGUUCAUUUGACCUCCAAGGGCUGAGAGGUCAGCACUAAACCCUUAUAGGGAUCACUUUGAUUAUACCCUUAUAGGGACCACUUUUUCGACCCCUAUAGGGGUUCUGUUCCGCACUAUAGUCUGUUCAGAUUUUGAAUGUCAAGUGCAAUGAUGUCAUUCAAAAACACUCUGAUUGGUUUAUCGCACCAUUAGGGGGCGGAGCUUGAGCGACGACUUGACAUUCAAAAUUUGAAUAGGCUACAACCCCUAUAGGGACCACUCUGGUUUCCCUGUAGACUUUUAAAAAGCAGUCGGAUUUUUUUCUGUGAUUUGAAAUCCACGGACCUUGACGUUCAUUUUUGCAGAGCACUUUUUUCUUUCUUACUUUAUCAAUUUUUUUUCAAGAUGUGCAAAGUUGGAAAUAUUGUUCUGUUCAAAUAUGAUCAUUCAGAUACAGCACAGUGGUGUUCGAAAUGCAUCUGCGACGGCGGAUGCUCUAUUUCAUGUACAAUAUUAUCAUGCCCUGCGUGAUGCUCUCCAUUUUGACGAUGAUGCAGUUCGCUCUGCCUUGCGAGAGCGGCGAAAAAGUCUUCUUCUGACAUUUUAUUGACUAAAUUUGACUAAAAUCAUUUUCAGAUAACUCUCGGCCUGACUGUCCUGCUAGCCUACUCCGUCUUCAGCUUCAAUAUCGCCGAAAGUAUGCCAGAAACUUCGGAAGUCAUCCCCUUGAUCGGCGAGUUGAUGCGCAGCCAAUUGUCAUCAUGAUGACGUCAUUUUCAGCCAUUUAUCUGAUGGCCAUAAUGGCAAUUUCCGCGUUAUCCGUAGUGUUCUCUGUAUUCGUCUUGACCCUAAGACACGGUGCAGAGAAUAAAACAGAGUUUGUAAAAAAUAAAGAUCCAUGUACAGUCGAAAUAAGUCUACAGUAUGCCUCGGUGGCUGGAGUUUUUGGGAUUCCGCCUGUUGGCGCCGUUGUUCGGCGGAUCGACACAGGAGAAACGACGGAAGCAUGAAAGAGCCAAGUGUAUCAUUGACACGAAUCGGGUUGAUGACGUCAUUAGUGGGAUUAAUGACGUCCUAGAUUUAAGGUCCUGAAAGCCAACGGGAUACGGGAGGAGACGAUCAGCAAGGGACUGGUGAGAUUCUGAAACGUUUUAAAUUUUUUGUAUGUCUGGAUCUGAUCAACCACAGCUUAUUCACAGAUCGAACGCGUCCAAGCCGAGCUGGAGUUCGAGCACAUGGUGGCGAGGUGGUCCCAACUCGCCAACAUCUUCGAUCGCUUCUUCUUCACCACCGUCUUCAUGCUCACCGUCAGCAGCACGGCCUUCCUUCUGAUGGUCGCUCCGAACAUGGAGAAUCCCAGCCUACACGAUCGUGUCUGGGACAUUUUAUGA